AAACAGAUAAUCGCCUGUAUCUGCUGCUGACAAUGUUUGCUGUGAGUCUUCUAGUUGGUAUCGUGAUCCAAGGGGGAUUGCCAUCACCGUGCUCUAUGGGCAAGGACAACCCUUUUGCUGGGACUCAAUAACUAUUGGAUUCUUUAUAACUACUUCACUAGCUAUACCAGGCAUUGGUACGGUAAGUGGAGCAGGCAUCUUCCAAUGGUGCAAACUUGGCUACCUGUGGAUAAUACAGAUCGCUAUCU